UUUGUCGUAAACAAUGAAACAACGAGUGCUGCAGGCAUAACAGCUGUGCAACAACAACAGAGAGACGACGUAUGAUGGCAUCGACUCGUCCACGGUCGAGAUCUUUAUUGGGAUCUUCAAAAAAAUGGGUCGACUGCCUAGAUACUCUAACGUGCGCGAUAUGCUUAGAAAUUUUUGAGAAACCCAUGGUCAUUUCAUGCGGACACAUGUUUUGCAAUAGCUGCUUAAAUGCUUAUGAGAGCAUGCCAGAUGCCCAGUGUCCGUUAUGCCGCUCAAACUUUAGCCCAGGGCGCAGAAAAAAGGCUUGUGAUGUCGAGAAGGAAAUCUCCGGCAGUAAAUCCAUGUGCUCUGGCUGUUCCAAGAAGAUGUCCGUAUCGAAGCUUCGCAGUCAUCAUUCAUCUUGUUCCAAACUUGCCAAGGUGGCAAGGAGCCUCAAGUUCUCCCCCGUCGCACGAACAUCACAGCCAGUACCGAGUGAUGUUCCAAACCGUGCUACCUUCAAGUGUCCAUUCUGUGGCCUGAUGAAUCUUGAUUUGCAAGGGCUGACAAAGCAUUGCAAUGAUAAACAUUCAAAAAACUAUUCACAAGUGGUGUGUCCAAUUUGUGCAGCUAUGCCCUGGGGUGAUCCCAGUCUUAAGAGCUCAAAUUUCAUACAGCAUCUCAAUUCGCGUCACAGAUUUGAAUACGACACUUACGUGGAUUUUAGCAUAGAUGAUGAAGAGGCUCUCAAGGCUGCCAUAGCAGCAUCUUUGAAGGAUCUCUAAUCUGCCUCAGCUGAAACUCAAUGAAUAUAUUCUAAGCAUGCAGAGCUUUUCCCCUAUUUAAGCCUGCUUUGCAGGACAGCUGCGGUAGGUAACUGCGAUGUAGGGGGGCGCUAUUUGAAAUGCCAACUUAUAUGUGUGAAGGAUGGGAGUCUAUGUGAUAUGUAACUGUAAAAGACAACCACUCGAAAUGAAUAUAUACAUAUAUGUGUAUAUAUAUACAUAUAUAUAUAUAUUGCAUCCUUCUCUUACAUAACUAUAAAAUAGAGUAGUUACUACAAAUCUUAGAAAAUAUUGAAGUGUGUGUUAAAUUAUAUCAGGUACUUUGCAGUCAUUAUCACCUAUGUGUAUAUAAAUGUAGAUGUAUAUAUCAUCACUUCAUACUAUUAAGUUAUAUUUGCAUGCUUAUUUCAUACUGUGUGUAGUUUUCAUGUGUGUGUGUCUGGGUGGAAGGUUCGAUCCAUACUAGAAUUUGUCCCCCAUUCUCCUUGUUAGAUUAAUUAAUAAUUGGGUUAAUUAUUUGAAAAAUCUCCACGGUAGCAUUAGCCAUACUGUCAACUAUAUGAUAGUGCACAGUAAUAUAAUAGAACAACUUGUAUGUUAACAUAAUCGUUUGGCACUGAAAAGCAACAUUUGUCGUAAAAUACAUCAAGAGGUUAUUAUUUACACUGCCAUCAGCAGGAACCCAUUCCAUGUAUUUAAUCCCGCGAUCUUGCCAUUAACUGUUGCGCUAAAGCAUGAAAAUAUAGAAUGAAUCUACGUAUCCAAAAUGCAUUAGGCCAUGCUAUGACGAGUAGCUGUAAUCAUCUAAUAACUAGUCACGUGCAAUACAUGUAGUCUAAAAGCAUAUAAAAUCUAAGGAUAGCUUUGGCUGAAAAUUAGUGCUACAAUAAGUUAACACUAAUAAUAUCAGGAGUAAGAUAAUAUAGGAUCUAUAUAGGAUAUAUAGGAUCCUAUAUUAUCUUACUCCUGAUAAUAUCAACACUAAUGAAUAAAUAGUUUAAAGAAAUAUAGAACUUCAUGCAGUUUAGUGACAGUGUUUUAGGUGUGUAGUGUUGCAACACUGACAGGCCCGGUAAUUUUUAUGCAUAAUUUUAACCGGUGUAAUUUAGUGUGAAUAGGAUUAUUGCACAAGCCAUAAUUGCUACAUCGGCAUUUAAAUCUCGCUGGUUGAAGUAUUUUGAAAUCUCGGUAUGAGAAUGUUUUCUGUGUUGUACUCCAACACCGUCCUUUGAUAGGCAACUAUUUAACGGCAAAUUCAUGCAAUAAUAUUGCAGUAAUUUAUAAGAAAUUACUGUAAAACCAGUAUAUAAUAAUAAUAAUAAUAAUGCACUUUAUGGGAAAUUUAUAAUCUUAAAAAUGAAACUGUAAAAUGAGUAAUGUUGCCGUACUACCUGAAAAAUAUAAACUCAAAACCGUUUCAAUAUGAGGUUAAAAAAAAGAAGCCCAAAUUUAGAUGAGCUGAAAACGAUGUUUGACUGCCUACUACCCAUCCACCUACCAGGUAGAUGUUCACCAUAAACUAGGCCACACCUUUGUGUUAUCUAUGUUCUUACUCCUCAAAUCCCCUAUAUACUAACGUGCACUACACAAACCUACAACUUUGUAGUUUUCGGAGACAUUCACUAUAAAAAAAACUGCAUCAUAUAAUCUGCGAAGUAUAGCCUGUCAUAAGUAGCGUUUUCCAGGCUUCAUAUUUAACAGCACAAUUUAUAAAGGUGCUCUUAAAAGCUCCUAGGUACUAACUACCAGUAACGUGCGACACAUGUAUAUGCAUAGUCUAAGCCAAGUGUGCAAUCAAGAUCUAGUGCUGCAAGUUCGUAGAGAUAUCAGCAUCACUACGUUUGAAGUUGUGGCAGCCCGUCCAAACGAAAUGUCCUCUUGGCCCGGGGUCGUGCCCCUCUCCUAAAGAUCGUGUUUUCUUCCGCCAUUUUUAUGUUUAGCUCUCUCCCAAGCUCAUGUCCUCCUGUCCUGGGGCCAUGGUCAUUCUUCCUGAGAUAGUCUUUUCUUCCUUACGUGUCAUGACUUCCCUCCAUGAGGUCAGGAAUAACCUCAAAAUAAGAUGAGUGAUUCUCCAGUUGUCCAUGCGUGGCAGGGCCUGCUGAUAUGCUAGGGGAAGGAUCAGGGCCUGGAGAAGAAUCAAAAAUUUACUAUGCCUCCGAAGUUAAAAUCAAAGAUUGCGUAGAAAUUUGCAGUAUAAUGUGAGUUGACUGAUUUGCUGAGACGUAAACUGUGUGCGGUGAUCGGUUUUUAUGGCAUUUAAGUGAAGUGGCAGCAUUUAUCAUAAUAGGGGAUUCUCAGAGCAGAUCCCAUAAUACCUUGGCCAGCCUUGGCCAGCCUGUUCACCAGCAAAUCUGAAGGUAAUCUCUGCCUGUUAUUUUUGUUGGAGUCGGGGUUCAUUGGCGAGAAAAAAAUCGUCUACCAUUUCUUCUCCUUCCAAAUCUUUGGGUCGUCUCCCAGGGAAAUGUUUCCAAGCACCUGGGUGUUUCAUGGGGAGGUUUGUGAAACUGCACCCCAUAGUGCUUCCACUGGCCUCCUGUUCAAAUAUGCCUUCAACAUGAGGUUUAUUAUCACAUAGCAGGUGGGGUUUCAUUUGAAAUUAUGUCAUUGAAUUGCUUUCGAUAAAAGUAAAAGUGUGCACGUUGAAUGGGUAUAUUAGCAUACAAAAUAUCUUAUCUAGAUGCGUGAUGGAAUUGACUACCUAUCUAUUGUCAUUUUAUACCCAGUUUUCAUAACUUUGCAUGUAUGCAAUUCUUUUCAAAUUCUCAUGUUUUCUCAAUGACUUGGAAAUUAACUCUAUAGAUACUAUUAUGUAUACUUGUACUAUCGAUUCUGAAUAUUUUUCAACCGUACAUACAUGAUGUACAGGAUGUUUAAUUCUCGUUAUUUUGAUAUUGUUAUAUUAGAUGGAUGAACAGACACAUUGAAUUGUUACUUCCAUUUAUAGGAUGUAUAAUGUAUGGAUACGAGUGAAUACAUGUGCUGGCCUAUUACUCGGUGAACUAAAGCCGGUGUCCUCGUUACUUCCUGCCCUUUGUUUGAUAAAGUUCUCGUUUUAUUGGCAUGGCUGUAAUCAUAUAUUAGUGUACCUGAGCUCUAUAGAAGAGAUUUCCGAGUGCUGGCAGGUUUAUUAUGUAAUUCCAUAGCCGGUUUUUGUUGUGAUGUAUUUAGGAAAAACAUAAUAAAGUGCUAAGUAAAUGUUUA